AUGUCUAAACAAAUUGAAGAUAAUUAUAACCCGAGUAAAGAAGAUAAUAAAAAUUCUGGCAAGAUUCAUUUUAUCCGUAAAAAAUUAUCAUUACCAAAUUUUAAUAACAAUAGAGAAUUUGGACGCUUAAACUUAGAACACUGUCUUUAUCGAUACCAAUGGCAAGGAAAUUUUUCGUCACCAAUUGAACAACAAUUAAAAGAAGGAAAGAUGCAAGUUCUUAAUAUUGGUUCUGGUACUUGCGCUUGGGUUAUGGAUAUGGCAACCGAAUAUCCAAAAUGUACAUUUUUAGGUCUUGAUACUUCACCUAUAUUUCUUACUGAAGGUCAACGUUUACCAAAUACAGGAUUUAUGCAAUCAGAUGUGUUAAAUAAUGAGACUUUUGAUUUCGUGUCUGAACGAUUUCUCAUAUAUGCAUCAACGAAUUCUGAGUGUAGACUCUUGUUCAAUGAAAUGUGUCGUGUAUUGAAACCUGGAGGAUGGAUUGAAUUAAUGGAAUUUCGAAUAGGUUAUGAAAAUUAUGGCCCUAUAACAAAAUCUGGGAAUGAUCAAGUAUUAGAUUACUUGAGAAAAAAAGGAAUAUACUCAGAAAUGAAUAUUAACAUGAUACCUCAAUUGAUUCAGGAUUCUCCUUGCUUGACAAAUUUUUAUCAAUUAGAGAAGAAAGGUCCAAUAGGAAAUUGGGGUGGAGAAUUUGGAAGUUUGAUGUUAGAAAACUAUAAAAUGAGUCGCCGUUCGUUAAAUUCUUUUGCGAAAUUAAUAUCUGAUAAUGAACAUGAAGAAUUUAUAAAACAAUUGUCGACUGUUAUGACUGCAUUGAAAUUAACGAAUCAUAUUGGAAAAUCUAAAAGACCAUUAAAGAAAUAUAUGACAUAUGGUAUUCUACCUAUUUAUGAUGGUAGUUCGGCAAUUUCUUAG